UAACCACUGUAAUCACAUCAUCACCGCCUCUGGUACGUUUCGAAAGACAAUGGAGUCCCGUCGCAGGCGAAUAGGGAUGACGCUGGAAGGUGUCCUUAUCGUGGUGCUGACGGUGGGAGUUCCAGCUUCCGCAACGGCUGGAAUGGGAGGGGUAGGAGGGGGAGGGGGCGCCCUUCCUAGCAUUCUUAUGGGUACUGACCCAGCAUGUGGCACGAUGCCUUAUGGAGAGUGUCAAAUUCGCCUAGAGAAGUGCAAAGAAGUCAAGGGCUUGACGCAAGGAACUUCAGGCCCGGUGAAGGACGUCUUCGACUGCGCCACCCUGCAGGGAAUACCCAAAACCCAAAUUAUUGCCGUCUUGCCGGCUGCCUUUUCAUCAGGCCAGCCAGACACCAUCGUAGACAGAGUCGUCAUCAACGAUACUGCUGCAGCCACAAGGUUCAGGCGGUGCGUCCUGACAGCAGCUGGGGUGGUUACUAUGAAUGGUACCCUAGACAGAACAGCUUUAAUUUCUAAACUCCAUAUGAAGACUACUGUCCACCCUUUGCUGAUGGACGUCGUGUCAAAGGGCAUCAAUGGCUGUCCUGAGCCACCCAACUUGAAGGUGGCACAAUUCAUGGCAUGCGUCCGCAAGCAAUGCGUCCAGAACAUGCCCGAGAGCAUUGUCGCACUGCCUCCUUAUGGCGCCUUCAGCGGGGGAUCAGACGACAAAGACCACCACAGCAAGAAAUGCAAGAAGGGGAAGAAGGGCAAAGGAUGCAAGAAACACUGACGAAGGGCAAGUGACAAAAACGAAAAUAUAGCACCUAAUCAGAUUAAAUUCUGGUAAAUGUUGCUUAUGGGUUUGAACUAGAUGCAUUCUAUAAAACAUAUGCCAUAGAUAUUUGUGCCUUGCUUCUGUGUAAUGCAAUACAACAAUAAUUUCCAUGAUACUCCAGUAUAUUAUAUUUAACAAAAACUGUUACUCAUUAGGUUAGUUACUCUUGAAUUGUAAGUAAUCUAUAAGCAUAUAAAUAUAUAUUAUAAUUCUUAUGUAUGCAGAGAGAGAGAG